AUUCACUUAUCUGUAAACAGCUAUACUACUUUCACUAUAUCUCGUGUAGACUGACAGGCUGAUAAACCUGCUUGGAAGAUUUCAUCACUGUAUUUAAGACAAACUGCUUCAAGGCAUUAUUUUCAGAAGCCGGGGACGGAAGCCACCAGAGCACCCCCUUUAAAAAAAAAAAACAAUGAGCAUUUCUCAAACACGAGUCACUCCCUUAGCCUGCAUAUAUAGCACAUUGGUAAGGACGCUGUCCAGGCUGCAUUUGAUAUAAUAGCUUCACAAAACACACAGCAAUACUAUUAAAGGAAACAGGUACAAAAAAUAGCAGGCUAGAUAAACCAAAACUAGCGACCACUUUGCAUCAAUGGCAGACAAGGGGCAAAUCAAACAGACAGCAGCCAUAGUGCUGGGUUGCUUGGAGAGUGUGUCUUCAUUUGCCGCCACCUUCAACCCUCUGUUUGGCAUCAUCACCACACUGGUUGGUGCAGCGAGGAAAGGCCUGGUGGAUGAUGACACAAGCAAGCUGGACAAGGACUUCCAGCAAAUUCAUGAGAAGUUGGAGGGCAUCUCUGAGCAGAACAAGCAGCUGCUGGACCAGAUCCACACUGCUGAGAUUACCAUAAACUAUGGUAAUUUGGAAAAGAACAUCGAGCACCAGUAUCGAAGCUUCAAGAACAUGGUGGAAAACAUCAGGGAAGUCCCUGAAAAAAGUGAGCAUUAUAGAGAGGAAUUCAAGAAAAUCUAUAGAAAACAAAAAGGCCACCAGAAUUUGAACAGGUACUAUGAUGCCAUCAUGGAAGACGGGGGACCUUUUGGGAAGCCGCUACUGAAAUUUUAUCUAGAGCAUUUCAAGAAGAACAAGAAGGAUUUGGAGACAACAUGCUCUCAUCUGGCCUACAUCUUCCACAUCGGCCUCAUAGCACUGAUGGCCUACUAUGUGGUUACUGAGGAUAAUGAGGAUGAGUUCAGGGAUGAAUGGGGCCAAAAGGUCUUUAACAUUCAGACCAAGAUGCAAGAAGUCCUGAAUGAGUGUAACUAGAAGAAGUGGUUCCAAAUUCACUGAAAUUUUGUUAAACCACAGCUGUCUUAGUUUCUUCUGCAUGUGAGAACACAUUUUUUUUUCUUCCUGAAUUGCUUUUGUAUGUUUAUUAGAUUAGCACUUACAGAUUUCAAUCUUUUUUCAUAUCCUUAUAUGGCUGUAUAUAUCAGAAACUUUUGCUGGAUAUACAGUAAAGUUGUAGACAUAUUUGUGUAUUAUGAUCAGUGUUAUUCAUUUUGGCAUUUUGGAAUCAUGGGCUAUAAUGUCUCAGAGCUUAAUUUGACUGACUAUUAGCUUGGAAAAGGGAGCAUUGUAUAGUCACAUACUUUUUUUAUCAGACAUUGAAAUAUUAAAAAAAAUAGAUAUCAGUUUAAAUCAGAUUAAAUAAUUUUAUUAGUAUGGUUAUAAUGGGUCAAAAAGUCCCAGUAUAUCUUUUAAAGAACUUGCUCCAUGAGUUGAGCUCAGUCCAUGUCACUCAACUCUUUUCAUGAAUAACCACCACCACAGCACAAUAUGCAAAUUAGCAUGAUUUGCAGCAGCCGACUAGUGACAUCUACAGUCUUUACGAAGAAUUACAUGGAUACACUUGCACAGAUAUCUAUCUUCCCACAUAAAAGACCCAAAAAUA